GCCAGCUCCGGCUGUGGAGGCUCAGGCCCAGAAGGCCGUGCAGGUUGCAGAGCGACAGCAGCUCCCGCAGCAGCAGCAGCAGCAGCAGCAGCAGCAGCAGCAGCAGCGCUAUAUGGAGAAAGGGGUGAUGCUUGAGCCGUACCUCCACCAGGUGGGGGGGCACUGCUGCGUGCUGCGCUUCGGGCAGCAGACCAUCUGCAAGCCCCUCAUCCCCCGCGAGCACCAGUUCUACGAGAGUGUGCCCGCAGCCGUGAGGAAGUUUACCCCCGAGUACAGAGGUGUCGUGUCAGUGAGCUUGGAGGAGGAUGAAGAAGGGAACUUUUGCUUCGUCGCUUACCCCAUCCAGAGCGACCCUGCAGACGACCUGGAAAACAAGGACCCCUCGGCCGACGACAAGCCCAAAUGCGAGCUGCUCCUAUGGGAGAAGAUGAUGUCGUCCUGCCCUCUGGUGGACGGCGAAGAUUACAGCAAAGAUGGCCGAAGCCGCCAUUCUUUUAAAGACCAGGACGAGAAGAGCGUCCAAAAGCUGGAGGAGGAGGAGGAGGCGGAGGAGGAGGAGGAGGAGGCGGAGGAGGCCGAGCGCAGUGCCGGCUCCGCGGUGCCGCAGCUCAAACACAACCCCUGGACCCAGCAGCACUGCAUGCAGAGAAUCAAGGACAAGGCCGAGCAAUGGAACCAAUACAAAUUCAUCUUGCUGGAGAAUCUGACGUGGCGCCACACGCUGCCGUGCGUGUUGGACCUGAAGAUGGGCACGCAGCAGCACGGAGACGGGGUGCCCGAGGACAAGAAGGCCAGGAAGAUGCGCAAGUGCCAGCAGAGCACAGCGGCUGUUUUAGGAGUCUGCCUCGCCGGCAUGCAGGUGUACCAGUGUGACACGGGCCAGCUGAUGUUCAUGAACAAGAUCCAAGGCCUCCAGCUGACUGUGUUGGGCUUCAAGGAGGCUCUGUUCCAAUUCUUCCACAGCGGACGCCGUCUACUGAGUGAACUCUUCUCGUCGGUGCUGCGCCGGCUCCGAGAGCUGCAAGCCGCCCUGGAGACCUGUGAGUCCUAUCGCUUCUACUCCAGCUCCCUGCUCAUCAUCUACGACGGAGCGCCGCACCAAAAACGCACCGAGGACGGCCUCUCGGACGAAGAAGACGAAGAGGAAGAAGAAGAGGAUGACGGUGAGGAGGUGGAGGCCGAACCCGAAAUGGAGGAGGAGGAGGGCGAAGUAGCGGGUGCACUCGGCUUUCCUCGCAGACCCUCCACGUCGAGCAAUGGCAGCAGCAGUGGCGGGAGCUCGGGCGCCGGCUCCGCUCGCUCAUCGCGCUCCGGCGCCCGCGGGCCGCUGGUGGACGUGCAGAUGAUCGAUUUUGCUCACACCACCUGCAGACAGUACCACGGGGACAAAGUGGUGUACGAUGGCCUGGACAGCGGAUACAUCUUUGGCCUCCAGCAAUUGAUCACCAUCAUCUCCGAGCUGGAGAACCACAGCACAGUCUAAAGACUGACACACACACACACACACACACACACACACACACACACUCGGAUACAGAGUAACACAGAGGAUAAAAAGCAGAAGUGGGAGGAGAGGUCGUGACCCCUCCGGUCUUCUUUUUUGCCUGUUCAUUCUGCCAUCCUUCUUUCCCGGUUCAUCUCCACUCAAAGAGAUUAUAUACAUAUAAAUAUAUAUUGUAUCAAGGACAGUUGAUAUAGAGUUAUUGCUUUUUUUGACAUGUUUCAUAAAAUAAACAAAAAGUUUAAAAAAGAACGUGACUGAGGGGUACUACAUUCCCUGUUAUUAAUGUUAUAAUAAUGAUAUUAAUUCAUAUUGUUAUUUUACAUCUUUCCUACCUCUAUCUUGUACGUAUGUGUUGUCGAAAGAAAAUGAACACUUUGGUUUGUGUUACGA